ACGCAAGCACCUCAAGCGAGCACUCGACCGACUGAGCUAAAUCCCGCCCCGGUGCGCCCAGAGUAACAACUAAUCGUUCGUAGUUGUUCAUACACGAUGAGAAUCGAGUUGUAAGAGCACUCAGACUAGCAAUUGGACAGUCGUAGAAGUGAGAACGGCGAGUUGACCAACUCUGUCGUAGCAGUUGAUAAUCUGACCCUAGCAUAACAUGGUCGCAAGAGUUUUGUAAGGCCUUGACAUAUUUUUAUUAAAAAGUGUAAUUCAUCUUCAAACCUGUUAAAGAUUUUGCAUAUCCUUUCAUGAAUAUGCACUCAUCCAUUGGCAGAACAGUGCAUACCAUGUGGCAUGUGGCUACUAGUAUCGAUCCUCCGAAUGCUACCGAGAAUGACGGAAAUAUACGAUCUUUAACGAACAUUUGUAUUGGUUGGCAACGUCAAGGCCGUUGGGAUGGAGAUUGCAUCAAAAUGGCGUCUAUAAAACACUGGUUAAAUUCGGAAGGGGCUCUGGUUGAUAUUGCUGAAGUAGCACCAUCGCCUUCAAAAGACUUUUUUCAUAUAUUUGUAACACCAAACUUGUUUGUUUAUCGCUUGUGGAAGAUCAUACCACCAACACGAAGUGACAGUAAUGUAGCACCAACAGAAAUACGAGAUACUUGGGAAGACUUCAAGCAUGAUGAGACACUUCAUAGUGAAAUCACUCGCACUGGGGGAUCUAGCAUGUUGGAUUAUUUGAUAAACUUGUCCGACGGCCAUAUCGACUACCUUCCACGCCUCCCUAAAAAUGUCCUCCUGCGAAUUAUCCUCAUGCUCGACCUGGAAGAUAUCCAGCGGCUUCGACGGGUUUCAAAAUUCUUCAAAAAGCUGUGUGACGGAGACGAGUUAUGGGAGAAGAUUUACCGCAUGAACUGCGAAACGCCCAUCACCUCCGAUCUGAAGGAUCUUGCGGAACAGCACACAUGGAAACGACUCUUCUUCACUAACAAGCUGCAACUUCAGAUGCAUUUGAGAAGACAGUCUGAAAAACAAACUGCCAAGGCGACCACAAAGCAGGCCACCAAAGCAGACAAGAAAAAGUAGGCCCCUGCAGAAGACCCACACCGAGUACGUCUGUCCGUCCAGCUACUGCGUCCGUCCAUCCAGCUACUGCGAUAUAUUGCCAAAGGUUGCCAAAGGUUAUCUGCCUUGAAAUGAAAGCUCACCGAUGUGCUGUUAUACCAAAGUUAUUUAUUUGUCGACGGUGAAACCUCGUUAGUUGCAGUGCCACAAAUCUCACCUGGUCUUGCGGAGGGGAUUUACACAAAUUACAAACAGCUGACAGUUUUAACAAAGUUGUGUCUCAUUGCCAAUUUUAAAACAAACUAAGAUUAAUAACUGUAUUAUUUGUAUUACUGUAGACUAUGUCUAUUAAUGAAGAAAGACAUUUUCCCAAGCUGUUUGCUAGAAGCAUGCAAACGACAACUUCAGAAGUAUACUUUUCAACUUUUCUGUGCAUGGGACACAUAUGUACAUACAGGUAAUCACUCACCUGGGAAUGUAUGUCACACCAAAUAGUGUAAAUUUCCUAAAACUGCAUUUAAAGGUGACACGGAUUGUAAGUAACAUCCAGGCUUUAAAUAGCACCGACGUCAAGGUGAUAAAUGUUAUGCCCAACACAAUCACAUCCAUAUUAAGUACAAAUAUGCCAACUUGAAAUGCAUUUCUCAAUGUCCAGAACUCUUCAGCAGCUGUUGAUAACAUUACUGCUUAAAAUAGACCCUACUGUGCUCAGAACAGACCUAACAAAAACUGGAGCACUCAAAUUACUGAGAUUUAAAGCCCUGAACAUGUAAAAGAAUCGAAGAAAACCAAAGUUUUUGAUCUAUUCUGAUCUUAAAUAUUGCAAACAUAAUGGAGAGAGUAGCUUUAGCAGUUGUAAUUUAGAGCAAUACCAACGAAAGCCAUUUUGGGAGUAUUUAAAGCUAUCAUUCAUAAAUAUAGAAGUUCUUUAAACUGUUUUGACUAACGAGGUUUUUCCGUGAUUGUUAUUUCCAGUUUUAUUUCGUUUUAAAACACAUCUUGAAAAUAUUGUGAUCUUAAUUAUUGUGAUAUAUUAUGUUAUUGUGAUAUAUUAUGUGUUAAAAUAUUGUGAUACCGAUUAUGUAUGUUCCCGACUACCUAGCACUGGUGAUCUUGUAACCAUAGUGAUGUAUUGUGUGCUUUGUGUGUGUACAACUCAGGACUUUUAAAAAAUCAAUACCUCACUAAUUUGUUCAAAAAUUUAUUACAGUUAAAAGUUUUAACUGAAAAAAUUCUCAUUAAUUAACUUAAACAUUUUGACGUUUGACAACCUCCUGCCCAUAACUUGACCAUGUGGGACGUUAUGAUUUUGUUUUAUAAAGUUUUGUUCAAUCAAAAAAAGAAGAAACAAAAAUGAUUUACAAUUAUUAUAUGAGAAUAUUUUUAUGGAUAAAUUAUAAUGGAUGUUUGAAUUAAAGGGACUAAAUUGCCAAACUGAAGUCCGACAAUGUUUUUAAACAAAAUUAAUGCAGAUGUGGGUGUUUUUUUCAUCUAAUAUUUUGAUUUUAAAUGUUGAUUCCGAUUUUAACAUCUAUUUUAGACGAGUGUUUGUUUUAUGCACUAGGCAUAUAAAGUUCAGUUUCCAAACAUCAUACAGUUCAACAGUCUAUAAACAGUUCUUUGAUUUAUCCUGCAUUCCAAAAAAGAAAAAUAAUAUUUAUUACUCAGUUUUGCUAUAGAAAUUGUGUAACAUCUAUCUAGCAAGUCUUUUUGUGGAUUGAGUUUAUACAACGUACAUGACAUCAUUCUAAUUUACAAACAAAUGUUUAUCACAAUGAAGAAGCCAAUAUUUAUAUACUGUAAUAAAACUAAUGAUAAAAAAUAGGAUGUAAAUAAAAAUCUAGUCGACAGUUAACUCGGGCAUCUGUCAGAACAUAACCAUAUACAUGUAUUUGAUUACUAACAGAAAAUAUUCAAAUUUAUUUAGGCUUCGUUUGAUAAAAUUAUGGUUGUUAUACAAGGGGCUUUUAUUGCAAAAGUUAAUGUUUGUUUUGUUUAAUAACACCACUAGAGCACAUUGAUUUAUUAAUCAUCGGCUAUUGGGUGUCAAACAUUUGGUCAUUUUGACAUUUAGUCUUAGAGAGGAUGGCAGCUAAAUUGUUCCAUGAGUAGCAAGUGAUCUAUUAUUUGCACCAUACCACAAACAGGCUAACACAUACCACGGUCUUUGAUAUACCAGUUUUUAUUACAGGUAUGACUAUAUAUGCUAUUUCAGCAUUAAAAAACAUUAUAUAAACACAGUGUCACUGUGAGAAAACAUUCAUCAGUGUUCGAAAUAAGCACUUGUCCAUGUGUCCUGACAAGUGAAAAUCUGCUCAGACAAGCAAAAUGUACCUCAAUAGUUGUACAGUGGACAAGUAAAAAUGUUCAAUGAUGUUUAAUUUUGAGCAAUCAAAAAUAGGUUUCUUGUACUUGAAUAAAACAAAACAUUUAUUUGGAUAAGUGAAAAUAUUACUGGACAAGUAGAUUUCUCGAUGUACUUAUCUGGUGGACAAAUGAAACAUUCUGCUUAUUUAUAUCGCUGUUCAUGUUAUCACCUUGGAGUUGAUUAAUGCCACAGUGGGUCGGCACUUCUUGGUAAGGGCUUUUCCAGAAAUAAUCAUGUGGUGGUGGAGUUAUUAAUAUAUGGAUGACAUAUAGGAGCGCAAAUGGGGAAUGAGGUACUCAAGUUAUUGUUGGUGUAUGGUGGAUAGGAUUUUAAAAUGCAAAUUAAUUCAUGUUUAUCUAUGGUGGGUGUUGGAACAAGUUUCAUCCCCAACGCCACCCCCAUUUGAUAUUUCAGGACUAGCCCUGAAUAAUUCUGGACGCUAAUCAUUGUUGCAGAUAGAAAAUAGUAUUAUAUAUUUUUUAUUAGUAUUUUUUAUUCAUUGGUGUUCUAUUUAAUUUUUAUAGAUGUGCAGUAUCUAGGAUAUUAUUCAAAAUCAAUCUAAUUAAAAUUAGCUCCACAAUUACAUGUGGAUCUAAAGACAGCCAGUUGGAGCUC